AGAUGCGAAUGUCUACACAUCAUUCAGCAAUUACUUACUUGCAAGUUAAGUCUUCACUUACGAACUUAAAAAAACAAAACCAACAAAUUCAGAAUGAAAUUCGUCAUUGUAUUCGCUGCUUUCGUUGCUGUGGCUUUGGCUGCUCCUUUGGACAAUUCUCAGGAUGCUCAAAUCCUUCGUUAUGACAACGAUAAUAUUGGAGUUGAUGGAUACAAUUAUGCUGUUGAGACCAGCGAUGGUAAAUCUGUCAGCGAACAAGGACAAUUGAAGAAUGUCGGAACCGAACAAGAAGCCCUCUCAGUUCGUGGUCAAUUCAGCUAUGUCGGAGAUGAUGGUGUCACUUACACUGUUAGCUAUAUCGCUGAUGAGAACGGUUUCCAGCCCAGCGGUGCCCAUAUUCCACAAGCAGCUUAAAUGAGAACGGUUAUUUGUUUUGAUUGAGUGAAUAGAUAGUCAGAUGUUUAAAAAAAAAGAAAUAGUGUUGCCUCACCACAUUGACCAAACAAUUUUUUAACAUAGACUGAUUUAUUGGUCAUAAAGUUGAAGCUCUGUUGAAUAGUUUAAGUAUUUUUUAUUAAAGCAAAAAAUAAAAGUAAAAAUGUGUUAAAUCUUAAAGAAA